ACAGGCCCGCGGUAUAACCUCGAAAAAGCGCUGCCAAUAUUAAUUAGGGUGGAGACUAAAGAUAAAUUAUGAUACGCCCACUUUAGGGAAGAACCAUGUACCUCAUUGGGCUUACUGGAGGAAUAGCCAGUGGAAAAUCAAGUGUGUCUGCUGUUUUAGAGGAGCUUGGCUCUCCCAUUAUUGAUGCUGAUCUUAUAGCAAGAGAAGGAAAGCCAUCAUGGCAGCUGAUAGUGGAGUACUUUGGUCGUGAGAUUCUUCUUCCAGGCAGUGAGCAACUAGACAGGGCAAGACUAGGCAAGAUAGUGUUUGGAGAUGAGGAGAAAAGAAGAAAGCUAAACAGUUUCACUCAUCCCUACAUACAGAGAGCCAUUCUAUGGCAAGUAUUGAAGAAUUUCCUGAAAGGUGAAUCCUUUGUGAUACUUGUGUCUCCCUUGCUCUAUGAAUCUGGAGCUUACACAAAGAAACUUAACAAGAUUGUGGUAGUUAGUUGCACUGAGGAGCAGCAGUUGGAGAGGCUGAUGGCACGAGACUCACUUAACCAGGAUGAGGCUCUUCAGAGAGUGAAUGCACAGAUGCCUCUGUCUGAGAAGGUCAGGAAGGCAGACAUUGUGUUGGAUAACUCUUGUGACAAAGGUCUCCUAAGACAACAGGCUUGCAAUCUGUAUUAUGACCUCCUGAGAACAACUGUUCGUCAGAGAUAUGCAAGAAAACUAUUUGCAGUUUUAUUGUGUGUCACCUUAGUUUACUGGGUCAUUUCAUUGGUUUUGUAAUAGCGUAUACAUUAGCAUGAGACUAUUAGCAUGAGACUCCUCGUGUUUUGUAAAAUACAGUGGAACCCCUCUAUAACAGACAACUUUGGGGAUUAAUGUUUUGGCCUUUAUACAGAGGUGGCCUUUGUUGA